AUGGCUGCGGUCAUAUGUAGAAGGAAAGAAUCUCCAUUGAAAGUUUUGAGAAUACUCUCAGCUAAUGACCUAGGCAUCUUUUAUCAAGUCGCAAUUGUGUUUUACAACUCUCAUCGUCUAUUAGCAAUAAGUACCAAUAUUCCUUGCAUUAUGAGCUCCAACGGAAAUAAUCGUCAGCCCACAAACGAUGGCCGCUUUGGACUUGGCACCAUCAACAACGCCGAAUUAUCAACAAAUUUGAAUCCUGCGGUACAACAUGGGCCUGGGGAACAAGGCCGUCAAACGGAAGUUCCUAUUUUUCACCCAGGUUACUGGUAUCCUCGCAUGGAAGAAGACAUCGCUCUUCUUGAAGAAUGUCAAGACUACCUUAGAUUAAAAGCAAGCGAAUGCGCAUAUAUUAUCAGAUCUCAAAAUUUCAGUGAGGUUGUGAUGCAGCAUUAUUUUAGAACAUAUGGAACAUACUCAGUUAGACCUAUCACCAUUCUCAGGGAUUGCCCAACGAUACUUGCUAGCGCUGCAAGUAACUUGCGGAAAUUAAUUGCCAGCCACCAAGUCUCCCAGCCUGUACCGGACCCUCAACUUAACCAAAACAAUUCACAUGCAGCCGCCGCUGAAGCAUCUACUUCUACGUACAAUCAGCAGCGUAAACCUCAGCGUGAUCGCAAUGAACGCUCGAAUGGAAAUACGUCCAAUGCCGAUUCUGCUAAUUUUGCGGCCACUGGACCACCACCGACAUCGAACACUAUUACUACCGAUAGCACCAAUGCUAAUUUUGGAAGAGAUAUGGGCCAUGAAUCAAUGAGUGAGGACUACCAAAUGGACCAGUUCCUCCAAAUUUUCGGCAGCACCAAGGUCUUCCUCUCUACCGUGCAACAUUUGAACGCCUCUCCGUUUUGGGGACACAUGCAGAGACAGUGA